AUGGCAAAUGCCCCUGUUUUAGAGUCUAAUAAUACGUUUUUUAAUGUUGAAAGAGGGGAUGAGUCAAUAGAAUGGGUAACACCGUCUUCUGGAGGGACUUUACCAACGGUUCAGAGUCUUAAUUAUGAAGACACAGUGAGGAUCUUGACAGAGAGAGAUCCAUCAUUAAUUGUUAAUGAAAUGUUACCAGAAUGGAAGAAAGAGAAUGCAAAUAUGAUGAAAGAUAUGUUUAAUGAUAUUUUAAGUGCUAAAUCGUCAGUAAAUAAGAUUGAUGAGAAUUUUAAGAGUUCAUGUAAGAAAGAAGAAGAAAGAGGAUCAGUUUUUGAGUUCUGGGAUAUUAAAAAUUUGAAUAAAAAGAAUUAUAAAACGGUUAAUUUUUCAUCAAAAGAUUCGUCUGAUUCAUUACAUAAGUUGAAUGCCUUUACUUGUAAAAAUAAAGAAUCAGUUGGAUUGAAAGUAGAUAAUAGUGUUUUGGCAUCUAAUGUUUUUGAAAAUGAUUUAAAGUCAUUUCAAAAAGAGUCUCAAGAUCGUGAAACGAAUAAUCAGUUUGCAUUUAAUUGUAAUCUUGAAGAUAAAAAAAAUGAAAUUGAGUCAUCUAUUUAUGAGAAUAAUAAGAGCAAAAAUAUGAUGCCAGUGACGAAGUCGCCUUUAAAAUUAUUUCAUGAUAAUUUUGAUACAUUUACGAAUAAUAAACUUGCUGCAGCAGUUUUUGAAUUAGCAAAUCAGGAAACGGAUGAAGAUGCAAAAACAUCUUCUAGUGGUCCUGAAAGAAAAAGAGCUCGAAUAUGUCAUGAACGAACAAAUAGUAUAACAACUCAAAAUUUCUUUAAUGAAGCGCAAGAAGUUAUGGAACGUAUAAGGAAUAGGCGUAAUCCUGUUGAGAAAUCUAUUCUUGAGAGUGUUCGUGAAGAAGAAAUUGCAUAUGAUUCUAAAAAUACAGCUUUGAAUGUUCAAAAAGAAAGGGACCCUUCCUUGAAAUCUAAAAGAAGUAGCAUGAACUCAUGUGCUGCUGUUACAAAUGAGACACCUACUCGUUCUAUGUUUAGUGAUUGGUCUUCUGAGCAUACAAGUUCUAAAAAUACACUUAUUUCUCUUUCUGAUUCAGUAAAGUGUCAUAAAGAAAUGGAAGAUUUGAAUACUAUGGAAAGUACAAAACAUCAACAAGGAGAAAAAGAAGAGGCUCUUAAUUAUGCAAAACAAACAUGGGGUAAGGAGCCAACAAUUUUUCAGAAAACAAAGAUUUCUAAGCCUACGUCUUUUGUAAAUAAAGAAUCUAAUGCCAAUCGGCUAAAUCAUAAGCUAUUCUCAUCUGAAAAUUUAAAAGUUAUAACUCCACAGGAUGUUUCCCAAUUUCUAAGUGACAAAAUUGGUUCAAUGACUUUAGACAAAACAAAAAAUACUUGGGUGCAGGAUUAUCAUGAUAAAACUGAAGAUGUAUUUGAAGGAAUACAAGAUUUUCCGGUAUCUCCAGAGUCUUUAGAUGAAAUACACAAGAAAGAUCCUAAUAUUUUCAAAGAUGACGCGCAGAAUAUUAAUGAGAAGCCUAAGGUCUCUUUUACAAAAGAAAUAUAUAUUAAAAAAUUAGAAGAUAAAAUGAAAGAAUCUUUGAAAAAAAAAGUAGAUAAAAAUAUUCCAGAGACUUCUACUUAUCCAAAGAAUAUAAAUUUUAAUCAAGAAUCAGUGGAAGAUUCCUCAAAUGAAAUAAUUGCUGAUGAUAACUUAAUUGGUGUUAAUCUUGAUUCAGAAGUUGCUGAGAAUCAUUCUUCAAAAUCAUUUAUGAAAGGGAUAAAGCCAGUUUUACAACCAUCAAUAGAUGAAAAAUCUCUAAUAAAUGAAAAUUCUGUUGAUAUAUAUAAAGAUUUAUCGGAUAGCAAGUUUUUAGGAGACCAUCCAGAUUUAUCUAGUACGACACUCAAUUGUAGUUUUUCUAUGGCAAUACAGAAUUUAGUUGUUGUUUUGACUGAUAUUGAGCCUUAUGAACCAUUUUGGGAGAAAUUUCAACAUUUAAAUCUUUCUAAUAAAAAUAUAGAAUCUUUGAUAGGAUUGUCCGAUUUUUGUCCUAAAUUAAAUAAUCUGGAUGUUAGUUAUAAUAAGCUUACAUUUUUGACUGGAUGUCCUAAAACUAUACGGAAUAUGAAUCUGCAAAAUAAUAAUUUAUCAUCUCUUACAGGAUUCUCUCAUUUGAUAAAUAUCCAGUAUUUGAAUCUCUCUAAUAAUCAAAUUCAAAGCCUUAAAGGCUUGAAUGUAUUAGUUCAUCUUCGGCAAUUAGAUGUUUCAAAUAAUAAAAUUUCUAGUUUAGAUGGAAUAGAAAAAUUAGAUGGUCUUUUGGAUCUCUCUCUUUCUCACAAUUUACUUUGUGACAUAGAUCUAUCUGAUUGUGAUCUUCCUAAAUUGGAACAAUUGAAUCUUUGCUGCAAUAAGAUAAAACGAUUUAAAGGUGUAGAUAAUUUACAGAAUUUAACUAUUUUGAAUUUAGAUAAAAAUAGUCUUUCUUCUUUUUAUGCUGAGAAAAAAAUGUUAAGACUUCGUGUUUUGAAACUUUCUAAGAAUUUUUUAAAAAAGUUUGAUCCUAAAAAUUUCCCAAAUCUUCGAAUAUUAUCUUUAGAUAACAAUAGUCUUCAAGAUAUCAAUGAGAUUAGAAGUCUUGGAAAAUUGGAAAAAUUAUCAAUAAGAAAUCAGAAAUUAAGCAAAUUAAAUCUUGAAUUAAAUUCAUUGAUGAAUAUCAAGAAAAUUUGUAUAUCGUUGAAUCCUAUUUGUUCAUUAAAUUUUUCUUCUCGACUUUUAACUUUACAAUAUUUAGAACUAGUAAAUGUUCAAAUGACAGCUCUUCCUCAAUCAUUUGCCGAAAUGGCUUUAAAUAUUCGUAUGCUUAAUCUUAGUCAUAAUCAUUUAAAAGAUAUUGGUCCAUUAAAAGGGAUGCCUUUACUCAAGCGAUUGUUUAUUAAUGGAAAUCAAAUUUCUAAAAUAACUGAUGUUAUUGAAGUAUUAAGUUCUUUGAAAGCUUUACGUGAUUUUGAUAUGAGAUUAAAUCCAUGUGUUAUAAAUUUAUAUCCCCCAUUUUUUUCAUUAGAUCCGAAUAAUUCAUCAAUUUUUUUUGGCCUUCAAAUGAAAUUAUACGAUAAUACUUGGGUUGAAAAAGAUAAAGAAUUCGUGAAAACCCUUCCUAAAAAGAUACAGCUCAGGCGUAAAUUAUAUCAAGAUUUAAUUCUUUCAUCUUGUCCUCCUUUAAAAUGGCUCAAUGGGAAAAAUAUUACAGAGAUACAUAUAAAAAAUGCAAUCAAGUUCGUUAGUUAUAUUUCAUUCGAUACAAAUUCUAAAAAUAAAUAA